AUGGAAAAGGAUGUUGAGGCAGGGUCCGAUGGCUUCAGCUCUCGCUUCGACGUAUCGCAGGGCAAGGUCGAGUUGCCGCGUGCACCCACGGCGUUCGGCCGUUUUGUUGACAGCUUUAAACGAAAUCCUAAUGCACGCGUUACUACCGAAGCAAUCGACGCAGAUGGCAAACGUCUCCCAGAUCAACCUCCUGCUGAACCGGCACUCGCUAUGAAGCUGAAAUCACGACAUCUACAGAUGAUUGCUAUUGGCGGUUCCAUCGGAACUGGCUUGUUCGUGGGUUCGGGAUCUGCUCUUGCAACCGGAGGGCCUGCAUCUUUGAUCAUCGCAUAUGGCUUGAUCGGCGUCAUGCUUUUUUGCACCGUACAAGCGCUGGGCGAGCUGGCAGUGGCCUAUCCCGUUGCUGGUGCAUUUUCUGUCUAUGCAAGUCGAUUUCUGGAUCCAGCCUGGGGCUUUGCGAUGGGUUGGAACUAUGCCCUUCAAUGGAUGGUCACACUACCACUUGAGAUCGUGGCGGCAUCCCUCACGCUGGAAUUCUGGCCCGGGACUCGAGAUACCAACAGUGCCGCUUGGGUGACAAUCUUUCUCUUCGUGAUCAUCGCCAUCAACUUCUUCGGAGUCAGGGGGUACGGUGAAGCCGAAUUUGUAUUCUCCAUUAUCAAGGUCAUUGCGGUCGUCGGAUUCGUUAUCCUCGGAAUCAUCAUCAACACUGGGGGUGUGCCCGGCGACCCUCGAGGGUAUAUGGGCGCUCACUACUGGUAUGACCCAGGCGCUUUUAAUGCUGGCUUCAAGGGUCUUUGCUCCGUGUUUGUGACGGCGGCAUUUUCCUUCUCCGGAACCGAGUUGGUAGGUUUGGCGGCCGCGGAGACGGAAAAUCCACGUACUUCGCUGCCCAGGGCCGUGAAGCAGGUCUUCUGGCGAAUUGCGCUUUUCUACAUGGUCUCCCUCACCAUCGUAGGAGUGUUGGUCCCUUACAACGACCCAGACCUCCUCAACGGCACCAGCUCCGCCGACGCCAAUGCCUCCCCCUUUGUGAUUGCCGUGCGCAAUGCCGGCAUCGACGCGGUUCCAUCCAUCAUGAAUGUUGUUAUCCUGAUUGCCGUCCUGUCCGUCGGCAAUUCCUCCAUCUACGGCGCCAGCCGUACGCUCGCCGCCCUGGCAGAUAUGGGACAAGCCCCGAAAAUCUUGGGCUACAUAGACCGCGCCGGGCGCCCUCUGGUGUCGAUCAUCGUUUCCUCUCUGAUUGGCUUCCUGUGCUACAUUGUCGCAGCUGGUCCAGAAACCACCACCGAAGCAUUCAACUGGAUGAUUGCCAUCAGUGGGUUGGCCGCCAUCUUUACAUGGGGAUCCAUUUGUCUUGCGCACAUCCGUUUCCGUCGAGCCUGGCGCCUUGCCGGCCACACCCUUGACGAAUUGGCCUUCAAAUCCCAAGCGACCGUCUACGGUUCUUGGCUCGGUCUGAUCAUGAACAUUCUCAUCCUCAUUGCACAAUUCUGGACCGGCUUCGCGCCCAUCGGAUAUGCCGACAUGACUGCCGGGGAGCGGGUCAAGAACUUUUUCGAAGGCUAUCUCGCCGCCCCGAUCGUCAUCGUCAUGUAUCUCGGCUACAAGAUCGUCCGGAGGACCAAGUUCCGAAGAGCCCGGGAGAUCGACCUCACCAGCGGCAGGAGAGAAUUGAACCUCCAGGAGAUCUUGGAGGAGGAGCGCAGAAUCCAGGCCACGUGGCCCCGGUGGAAGAAGGUGUGGCACAUCAUCUGUUGA